UCAAACGAUGGAGGACCCGAAUUUGCGGAAGUAUUUGUUAUCGUGUGGAUUGGAUCUAUGGUUGUUACAUUGAAUUCGAAACUAUUAGGUGGAAAUAUAUCUUUUUUCCAAAGCGUUUGUGUCCUGGGAUAUUGUCUAUUACCGACUGCCAUCGCACUAAUUUUAUGCAGAAUUAUACUGCUGAUGCAGCAAAGCAAUCUCCUAUUUACCCUCAGGUUCGUGAUCAGCAUGAUUGGAUUCUUAUGGGCAACGUAUGGUAAGCAUUAUUCUA